CGAAUCGCGAAGCGUUGCAAAGGGAAAAGGCACACACAACAUCCAAUCCAAAUCCAAAAGGAAAAGCACGUAAAAACUCCCCCAUCCAUCUACCCAAAAGAGAGUGGUGUUCUACGAAGACCGUCAAAUCUAAAUUACGUUUUCAAAAAUUCCUACCGCAGCGCGUAACGAGACGAUGAUUUCGUAAUCAGUUUCGUUUGGAUUUACGCUUGCAUCGUACUGUAGCAGAGUGCAGACUGCUAAGAUUAAAGAAACACCAAAACGUUUAUAUUCCCGAUGGCUUCCUGACUAGACUCAACUCAAAGGACGAUCUUCUCCAAACUUGACAAACACUUGACCACAAAAAGGAGUCCAACCAAGAAAAAAGUGCAGUACGAUGGAGGUCCGGCGGCGAGCCAAUGUAGAACGAUUCCUAGAAGACCAAGAUUGCUUGGGAGAUUCUUCCCCGACGUUUGCUCCUCCUGGAAGCCCAGAGGAUGACCAGCUGCUUGAUUCUUGCGAGGAAGAAGACAAUGCCCUGGACCUCUCCCUCCCUGCCAGAGCGGCAGAACAGGCGGAGCAUCUGGUCCGCAAAGUGCUGGAAGAAGCGGAGCAGGCGGAGCAACUUGUGCGGAAGGUCUGGGAAGAGGCUUGGAAGGUGUGUCACUUCACAUCACUCCCCCAGUGGCUCCAAGAUAAUGACUUUCUGCACAAGAACCACCGACCUCCGUUGCCUUCCUUCAGCGCUUGCUUCCGUUCCAUCUUUCGUAUCCAUACAGAGACCGGAAAUAUCUGGACUCAUUUGUUAGGCUGCCUGGCAUUCACAGGCAUCGCUCUCUAUUUCCUGACACGUCCCUCAGCAGAGAUCCAGUGGCAGGAGAAAGUGGUGUUUGCCACUUUCUUUGCUGGAGCCAUCAUGUGCAUGGGCAUGUCUUUCACAUUCCACACUGUGAGCUGCCACUCUGAGAAAGUGGGCAAGCUCUUCAGCAAGUUAGACUACUGUGGCAUAGCACUGCUUAUAAUUGGAUCCUUUGUGCCGUGGCUCUACUAUGGCUUCUACUGUGACUUCCAGCCCAAGCUCAUCUACUUGACUGUGGUUAUUGUACUAGGCAUUGCGGCCGUCAUUGUCUCUCUAUGGGACAAGUUUGGGGAACCUCGUUACAGGCCACUGCGUGCAGGUGUGUUUAUGGGGUUUGGCCUAAGCGGAGUUGUUCCAGCCCUUCACUACUUGAUAGCUGAGGGUUUCUUCAGUGCUGUCUACCAUGCUUCCUUUGGCUGGCUCUGUCUUAUGGGUUCCUUGUACAUUGUUGGAGCUCUCUUCUAUGCCCUGCGUGUUCCAGAGAGGUGGUUCCCUGGAAAGUGUGACCUUCUGUUUCACAGUCACCAGAUCUUCCACAUCCUGGUGAUAGCGGCAGCUUUUGUUCACUACCAUGGCAUCACGGAGAUGGCCAUGAAUCGCCUCACCAUGGGUGAAUGUCACCAACUCCCGCAAGAUUUUUGAUAUUGAGCCACAAGUUAAGCCAUCUUUGAAUUGAUCUUAAAAGAGGCUUUGGUAACAAAAGCUCCGUUAGCCCCGUUACGCUAAACCAAAGACACAGUGGUUGCCAUUUAUGUCACUAAGUAUGUAUGUCCCUCGAGAUUAUUUGUAGCUUAGGUAUCUCAACCCCUUGAGGUUAAUAGGAAAAAAGAUAAAACAUAUCACAAAGCGAUCAGUAUUAAUAAACCAUCUGUGCCUGUCCUCAGUGCACCCUUUGAAGAGAGAGUGACUUCUUUUACUGCUCUGGGAGAAUGGUGUCUUUUUGCAGUGGAGGCCUCUUAACAGCAUAUAAAUGUGUGUGCGAGCUACUACUCUUGUAACCAGUAUUAAUUGAUUGUAAGAAGGGACUAUUUUUUGUCUGUGCAAUAAAGAGCUUCCACCAUUUGAA